UUUUUUUUUUUUUUUUUUGAUUGCGCAUGCAAUACAUGUACCUGUAUUUGCACCCAGAUGUAUAUCUCCGAUUGGAUAUAAUCAUCUAGAAAGUUUGAAUUGUGCAUGCAGUAUAAUUUUAUGCAAAUAGAUGUACACUACAGUGUAUGUUUUCACUCAAUUUCUAUACCGCAAAACCCCAAACCAGUCAAGCAUUCAAUACAGGAAAAAUCAUCCGACUCUGAUAUCGUCUUCUUGAAUGCCGGGGUUGAGGUGUGUCGCAAUCUGUAUAAUGGGAUCACAACGUAUUAAACUGCCGAGAUACAAUAUACAUAUAUAGAGUUUGUUUUGUUUCGUGGAUUUAUCAGAAUAAAGAGAAUAUAAAAUUUUAGUAAGCGCACUUUCCCAGUCCUGGGUAAAUAGCUGUCUGUAUUUGAUGCGUUUUCCAGGCAAGCAUGAUAUAUGCAAUACUUGUGCAUGUGUACCUGUAUUUCGCAAAAAUUGAACAUGUUUGAUAAUAUAAAUGCGAUGCCCUUUGUGUAUUUCAUUCUAUCACUAUAUGUAAUUGACAACGAUUUCACCGCGCUUAUUUCAUGUCAUGGACAUGAUACAGUCGCUAAUCAUCAUUUUGUCGUCUUUCUGUUUUGUCGUCUAUUCGUUUUGUCACCUUUUUGUUUUGUCGUCUUUUCGUUUUGUCAUCUUUUUGUUUUGUCGUUUCGCUUCAAAGAAAUAACAAAACUCCAAAUAUAUAUUGGACCUAAUUUGCAGUGUUUCUUUAUCGUCUUUUCGCAUGUACUUUAUCGUCUUUUCGACUUUUCUGUCGUGUUUUCGUUAUUAAAGGGUAUAUUUUUUCCCUCCUUUUCUCCACAUGCACUUAAAGGUAAUCUCUAUUUUCAUACAGCACUCACUUUUUUCGAACUGUAAAGCUUGUGAACUCAUUUCAUUUUCGUGCGAUAUUUGUUAUACAGAGAUACCUCACGGAGUCUAAUUUUCCCAAGCGAUGAUCCGCCCCUUGAGAGAGCUUUGACCGGUAGCAUAUCUCAUUUCACGGUCACUUCUCCUGAGUGCUCAAGCAAUCAUCAACGCAUCAUUAUAGAAAGAUCCUAUUUGUUUUGAAAAGUUUGUUUUCUGAUGCCCUGCAUGCCUGUUACAUUGCAGUGGUACGAUGGCUUCCGUCGCACGUGCUCCACUUUUGGCGUCGUGUGUGAUGUGUUUGUCGAUCUGUUUCAAGUGAAAAUAUAAUUCUAUAUUAAGUACCAAUACAAAAGUGGUUGUGUAAAUCUCCAUGGAUAUAUAUAUCUUGUGUGAUAUUUUCUAAUUUGUCGCAGUCUACUUCAGUGAUGCCAUUCUGUUGUCAUGGCAACGACAUUUUGUGCAUUAGACUCAUCCAAUGCCCCUCCUAUUAACUAUGACCGUGGCUCGUCAGAUGGAAAUAACACACGGGUAAUUAUCCCCAAUGAUGACUUUAACAGAUCGAAAUAUCACACGCCGGAAUCUAGUUUAACAGUGGGAUGUUACGGAAGGGUUCCCGGUUUAUCGCAACAUUAAAGCAUGUUUGGGAUGUACAUAGCAUGAAAUUGCAUAUCCAUAUGUAACUUCACUUUGCUGGCGCUCAAAAGCAAAGUAUUUAGAAUUGACAAUUAUCAAACAUAUUGUAACGCCCGUUUCCAUCCAUGUAAGGUUUACGGAACUGAAAUCUUAUUCAAGCUGAAUUUGUUGACGUUUUAUGCUAAAAUGAGAUAGACACGGAAUGCAACGUCAUAGUGACGCAAUGCGAAAACGUUUAAACGAGGAGGAUUUACAUUUUUCGGACGAAAACGACAGCUCAAGUUCAGUUGAGGAUAUCCAAAGUUCUGGAAAUCGGAAGAGGAAAUUGCUCAAUAAUUCGGAAGGAGACGACAGACACUGUGACUUUAACUUUGACGGAACCCCCGUCCCCAAGCAGCGAAUGGCUGCUAAUGCACGAGAGAGAGACCGGACGCACAGCGUCAACACAGCGUUUGUGACGCUUCGAACGCUUAUACCUACAGAACCUGCGGACCGGAAGUUGUCAAAAAUUGAGACUCUAAGAUUGGCCACGAGCUAUAUAGCUCACUUGAACACGGUGCUAAUGGUUGGAGCGGAUUGUGUGGACCAGCCAUGCAUCAAACAUCAAGCCAUGAUCAGGGGUGGGGUGGAUCUACCGAAGCCCGUGUGCACGUUUUGCCUAAGUGCCUCCAAAACAAGACCGAUUCGUUCUGACAGCUGUAUGUAUAAAGAGGGAAGGCACGUGUCCAGCUGCCGUCGAUAGACCAAGAUGUACCUCCUAUUUAUUUGUACAUGAAAAUAUUUUUAUGAAAUAAUAAAAAAAAUAUAUAUAUA